GACGUGGCGCUGAAAUUCAAGCCCAAAGUGCACCUCAUCCAGGAGACAGGUGCCAUUGCCAGCAGACUAGUUCUGGAUCAGUCCAUGGAUUUUGUGUUUGUGGACGCGGUCCAUACGGUGCCUUACGUUGCGCUUCAUCUCCACUCGUGGUGGCCCAAAGUCAGGCCAGGCGGCAUCAUUGCCGGCCACGACUUUGCGCCGGAGAAACCCUGGCGAUUUCCAGGGCCAUUUGCUGCC